AUGUCGCCACUGGAGCGCUGGACCAACCACUGGGACACCGGCAGUAUUCCCUGGCAGCUUGACCACCUGUUUCCACUCCUGGCGAAGCAUCAAGACGUUAUUCUAGCGGGAAAACAGGAUGCACAGGUCUACGUUCCAAUGUCUGGGAAGGCUCCAGAGCUAAAGUGGUUCUACGACAAGGGUCAUCGCGUCGUUGGUGUGGAGUUUGUCGAAUCGGCUGCCAGGGGCAGUUUAGUCGAAAUUGGCCUUCCUCUCGAAGAAGCCGAGUGCCCUGUACUCAAGUGGAAGAUAUUUCAGACUCCGGAUAAGAGGUUCCGAAUAUUUGUCUGCAAUGUGCUCGACUUUAACAAAUCGUGUGCAGGAGAAAUGGACAUUGUGUGGGACAUAGGAGCCUUGAGCUCAAUUAAGGAGUCGGACAGAGACAGAUAUGUGGCCGUGAUGAAGUCGCUGCUGGCACCGAACUUUUCCUACGGUUUGUGGUCCGUAGUUUAUGAUGGUCAAAUAUCAAGAGGGGAAGGUAUAAAGAUGCGUCUCGUCGACAAAGAUGCUCCAAAGACCCUUGAUUUCUGCACGUCCCCGGUCACGAGUCACCUGUGGCACCUGACGGAGUGA